AUGGCCGACACCGAAGCAGCACCGCCUCAAGAGGCCAAGCAGGUCGUCUACUGCGGCGUCUGCACCCUCCCCCCGGAAAUCUACUCCGCAGACGCGAUAGAAGCCAACCUCUCCUCGCUCUCGAUCGAAGCCCAGCAACGCGCCGAGAAGGACGCGAAGAAGAAGGCCGCCAAGGCCGAGUCGGCGGCGGCCAAGGAGGCGGAGAUGAAGGCGCACUCCAAGGUCACGAUCAAGCGCAUCGAGCGCAACAAGCGCAAGUACGUCACGGCCAUCAUCGGCCUCGAGGCCUUCGGUCUCGACCUCAAGAAGGUCGCCAAGGACCUCGGCAAGAAGUUCGCCACCGGCGCCUCCGUCACCAAGCUGCCCGCCGGCGGCGAGGAGAUCACCCUGCAGGGCGACCUGAGCGACGAUGUCUUCGACUUCCUCAUCGAGAAGUACGAUGAGGUGCCCGAGGACAAUGUCGAGUGCGUUGAGGACAAGAAGAAGAAGUCGGACAGCUGA